AUCCAAGUCAAGCGGCGCAGUCUACCGGUACCAGGCGGCUGCUGCCAGUGCUGAGGCAUAGGUAGCCGGUGGAUAUGAAGGAUAGUUUAUUGAUAAGCGAAUAACUAUUCAAGAGAGCUCAUCACUGAAGCGCCUGUGCUAAUUGUAAAACAUCCAUUGCACUAACUAGAUCACAUUCUUUGUAACAAAUUGUACUUUGGCUUCAAGCCUCGGUAUGUAGAAUCGUUUCCUUUAUAUCAUUGUUCGAUGUCCAACAGAAGUGUCGGCCGGCGGGCGGUCCGUGCAGCCUCUGGCGAGACAUUGCACGUGCCUCGCGCCGCUCAGAGUGGCAGUGGGGUUACCCAAUAGAGACGGGCGCGGCGGCGGGCGGCAGGGCUGCCGGCCUGUUGGACCGGCCGACCCCAGCCCCCGCCCAGCGGCCGGCGCGCUGCCAGUACUGGCCUUGUACUGAAGAUGUCCACCGGACCUAUAUAAGCUUGGGCCCGGCUGGAGGCCGGCUCUGGCCAACAUGGAGCUCGUCGUACUGUGGACCGUUUUGGUGGCUGCGUCCGUGGGCGCCCAGGAGGUGCCUGUGAACGCCCAGGAGUUCGCGUUCGAGUGCCCUCCGGACGAAACCACCGGCAAGUUCCCCGACCCGUACCAGUGCGACCUGUACUGGGAGUGCUUCCGCGGAGAGGCCAAGCUGAUGAAAUGCGCCGACGGGCUGGCCUUCGACCCGGAGCGGGUGCGCACGCAGCGCGAGCCGUGUGACUACCUGUUCAACGUCAACUGCACCGGCCGCGAGGAGCUGCAGGAGCCGAAGCCGACCGAGCACUGCCCGCGCGCCAACGGCCUCUUCCCGCACGAGACCGACUGCGGCAAGUACUACUCGUGCAAGGACUCGGUGGCCCAGGAGCGGCUCUGCUCGCCCGGCCUGCACUUCUCGCUGAAGACGAAGACGUGCGACUGGGAGGCCGCUGCCGGCCGCGGCAGCUGCGACACGCUGCAGUCGAUCGGUGACUUCACCUGCGACCCCAGCGUCGACUACUUCACGCCCGACAACCAGAAGAUCGUCCAUCCGACCUUCCCCAACCUCGAGGACUGCGCGCUCUUCUACGUGUGCAAGAACGGCGUGGUCCCGGCCAUCUCCAAGUGCAACUACGGCCUGGUCUACAAUACGGUCACGGCCGGCUGCGACGACCCCGUCAACGUCCCCGAGUGUGCGACAUACUACGACACUGUUGAAGAGACCCCCGUCGCUGAGGCUGUGUAACGGGGCAGACCCGGCAGCCAUCCAUCCGUAAAGAGACGGAGUUAGUCACAGUGGCGUCCUCCAGCCAGCGUUCACACGGUCUCCAGCCAGCGACAGCAUAUGCUCCAGCCAGCGUCAGCAAAUCCUGGUGCCAGUCAUCGCACGGGCCCUCUCACAUCCCGAGGAAAACAAUUUGAAACUGAGGGAGGCUGAAUAAGCUGUAAAUGGUUCUCGUGCUCUCUGAAAAUUUAUCACUGUAUUAAAAGUCACACUUUGUCAUUCACAGAACAUUUGUCGAUAUGUGAAACAGGUUGUGAUGUAACUCGAAGAGUUCAUUUAAAGAUUUUCAUAGAAGAAACAUUCCACACCAGUUUCGAAUCUUUGUGAUACAUUCCAUGAAUUCCCCCGAAAAUCAUGCACGGAGUGGAGAGCGCUAAGUACAAUGUUAAUAAUGUUUCGUAAAAUGUGAUGCGUCGUCAGCUCAUCAUAUAUCAUAUGCUCACAUGAGAUUUCACCUUCUGUGAUAUGUGCCUUCGCUUGAGUUGGAUGUUCCUCCCGUCGCAUUAUGUUGUUAUGACGUAAUAAACAAAUUGUUACCUCA